UGAGGGAUCUAUGAAAUGUAAAUAAAUUCUAAAUUUCCUACAGUACGGACUGAGAUUCAUGAACAUUGUGCACAUUACCCAUUUAUUGGUAUAUUUCAAGUCAAGGAUGAUUGUAAAUCAUAGUUAUCGUGUGCUUGGUUCAGAGAUCGAAGGACAGUAUGCUUGCCACUACGUUGCCAACCAAUUGCUUUGAGUCGCUCGGCGUGUUUGUAGAUGUCAUCUUGACAACAUGUCGAAUGCCUAACUUCCGCCUGGAAACGAACAUUCCAAAAAGUAAAAUCACUGUAGACUUCCUGAAGCAGACUACUGCCUUGAUUGCCAAAACACUUGGAAAGCCGGAAAGUUACUGUGUUGCUACUGUUAUACCAGAUUUGCUAUUGGUGUGGGGUGGAAGUACUGAUCCAUGUGGAACAGCAACACUGAUGUCCAUUGGGAAAUUGGGUGUUGAGGAGAAUAAAAAGCAUGCAGCAGUUCUUUAUGACCACAUUGAAAAGAAUCUUGGAAUUCCUCGUAACAGAUUGUACAUUACAUUUAUUGAUGAGGAUGCUGCCAAUGUGGGCUAUAAUGGAACAACUUUCCAGCAGAUCUUUGGUGGAAAAUAAAAGAAUGUAAAGUCUUCUGCUUGCUGCAUGUUUAUGGAUGAUGUUGCUCUUGUUAGAGUGUGUAACUUUGUUCUGACUUUAUGAAAUAGGACUUAGACAAUAUAUAUUAUAGCUAAAAUCAGGGAUAUGUAUAUAUGCUACCUGGACCCUCAUGUAUUAAUUGUAUUCAUUAUAUGGCAUUGUGACAUCUCAAAUACUCAUUAAUAAUGAAACUUACUGAAAAAAUGAAUUACAUUCUUUAGGUACCAAGUAAGGAAAGUAUAUAAAAAAGUACAGGUAAUAUCAUAUCUGAUAAACCUUAAUAAACUGUUACAGAAAUUUAUAGUCUUUUGUUGUUCUGAAAGUGACCUCUUGAAUACAUCAUAGAUUUUUUUAAAGAUUUAAAUAUGACGAGCAUGUAAAAUAAUAAAAGGAUUGUUAUUGUGGGUUUAUAAAACAUACAGAAUGCAACUGGACUUGAGAAUGUAGGCUCUUCCAGCUUACUAAUAAAAUAAUACCAUAUUGCCAUAGGUUACUUGGUUUGUUUAUGAAGAAUUUAUAACAUAAAAAUGGUUUAUCAGUUAAUUGGCAGUGAAAAUUAAUCUCUUCACUUUGAAUUAUAUGUUUCUCCUUAAUAUGUACUGUGUUUUAUCAGCCUUUUAAUAAUUUUAAUAAACAUUAUAAUCUCUUAUGCAACAUA